UGUGGGUCAAUUUAAUAUUUGUCAAACAAAUAAUCAAUCUUGGAUUUCUAAGCUCAUAGUGGAACUGGAACAAGCUGUUAUUAUAACCAAAUCAUUGAAAUUAACAAUUGUUCAUCUAAGCUAUGGCUUCCAUAGACAAUAACCAAAAAUUUAUUUUACUCUUAAUUUUUUCACUAAUUUCUCUGUCUUCUUCUAAUACAGUACUUGCUAAGUCUCGUCGUCCAAUCUCUGAUGCAGAGAUCAGAGAGAAGAAACUCCAAUGUUAUGCAGAUAUUGAGAGUGGAUUAUGGGGUCAGAAGUGCAUUGCUACAGCAGUAGACAAGGAGAAUUGUGCUCUACAAUGUUUGUCACCAGUUUGUUAUGAGCGCGUUUAUCAAAGUGAUCCUUUGGAGGAAGGGGAAAAAGAUACAGUAAGGAGUCAAGAAUACAAGUACUGCAUGCACAAGUACUCCCUUGGGCAGAGCUUGGAUGAUAUUAAAGGUUCCUUCGAGUGGUAAAUUGGCAAAUGGCUUGUGAAUUCCUGCGUCUUUUCCCAUUAACAACUUCCUGUUGUAUGUAUGAUGUUUGUCGUGUGGAUGUUCAUUGAUUAUACUAAUCUGUAACAACGUGUACUCCUUUCAGAGUUUUAAGGUUUUUGUAUCCAUUUCUUUCCCUUCGGGUGUUUGGGAACAAUAAAUCCCCUUUCGCUUCGUGACCCCAUGAGGGUAAUGCUUGUACAAAUUUACUUCAAUCAACCAGUUAUAGUGUGUUGUUGCUCCAUUUUUCA